AUGCGUGUCCUUGUAACUGGUGCUGCCGGCUUCAUCGGCCAGCUCGUCGCCAAGGCCCUUCUCAAUGACGACAAGGGCACUUACACGGUCAUUCUGACGGAUGUCGUGGAGCCCCCGGUCCCCAAGGGAGUCAGGUUUCCGGAUAAUGCAAAGUGUAUCAAAGUGGACUUGCUUACCGGCUCUUCCAGCGUUGUGGAUGAUGAUUUGGAUGCUGUCUACGUCCUUCAUGGCAUCAUGUCGGCUGGUGCCGAGGCGGACUUUGAGCUAGGCAUGAGGGUCAACUUCGACGCAACCCGCGCCCUCCUCGACGCCCUCCGCCAGACCUGUCCCGGCGUGCGAACAAUCUUCACAUCCAGCCAGGCCGUGUACGGCGGCGAGUUUGCCGAGCCGGUAGAUGAAUCCGUGCACCCUACGCCGCAAUCUUCCUACGGCGCGGAGAAAAUGAUGUGCGAAUACCUCAUCAACGAAUACACCCGCCUGGGCUUCAUAAACGGCCUUGUUCUCCGGCUUCCCACCAUCUCGGUGAGACCGGGCAAACCUACAGCGGCCGCUUCAAGCUUCUUGUCCGGCAUGAUUCGCGAGCCGAUGCAGGGUCUGCCGUGUACCAUUCCCCUAAGGGACCGCGCCUUCAGGCACUGGCUAUGUUCGCCAAGAACCCUCGUGGGCAAUCUUCUUCAUGCGUUGACCCUGCCGAGGGAUGCGCUGCCCGUGUAUAAUCGGGUUUUGAACGCGCCCGGGAUGGGUGUUUGUGUGCAGGAUAUGAUGGAUUCUUUAGCGAGGGUAGGCGGAGAAGACAAGUUGGAGUUGUUGAUGGAGGAGGACGAUGACAAGUUGAAGGGGAUAUUGUACUCGUGGCCGACAAAGUUUGACAACACCAAGGCGUUGGGAUUGGGGUUCAAGAGGGAUGACUCGUUUGACGAUAUUGUCAUGGACUUUAAACGAGAACUUGAGUCUUUGGGGCCUGCCUAG